UUUUUAUUGCGGUAAAAUACUUGUCUUGUGUAUGGCGGGUUGCGGGAUUUUUAUAUUAAUAGUUUUAUGUAGUUUCACUUCAUAAUUUCAUAUUAUGAACUGCUUUUUUAUUUAUAUUAUAUAUAUUUUUCUCGUCAUGAUCGCUCAGUUUUGCAAAAAAUGAAUAGAGAUCCUGGGCUAAUUUGCUUCAAGCAUUGCAAAUCGGACGUUUUCGUAUUUUCAUUACCUGAAAAAUGCCCAGAAUGCGAAUUGGUGCUCAGCAGCGAUAUAGAAAUUACUCCAGUCAGGAUCCCGUUUCCCUUUUCACGAGCUUCUCAGCAUCCAUGCAGUUUGGUUCUCCGUCCAACAAAUGGAGAUUUUCUUAGAUCUUAUUCUAACAAUGCUGAUUUACACAUCGGUGUGACAAACUCCAAAGGGCAAAUAUUUUCAUAUGAUGAAGAUGGUUUAAAAAGAGAACCUUCAGAAGACUGGAAUGAAUGUUUAAGCAUUCAAUGUUUUGAAACAUUUACUUUGAUUGAAGAUAUCUGGGAUGGAGUUUUAGAGAUGCUUUUAAAAAGUGACGACUGGACUUCGAAAAGAUACCACGAAGACACCCACAAUUGUUACACAUUCAUCUUGCAUUUCCUCGGCAAAUUACCACACUGUAAUUUGCAGUCGUUCACCAGCGAUCGAAAGACUUUCUGUGAAAAAGUGCUGAUUCCACAAACAGUGACAGCUGGUAAAUAUAUAUCACUGUUUCGAAGGGUCUCUGACAAAGGCUGCUAUGUUAAAAAGUUAAGCUGAAGAGAAUGAAGAUGAAAAUUUGUUAAUUAAAUUUAUAUAAAAAUAAAAAAUAUUUAAGGUUUCAAU